AUGAAACUACUGUUUUUAAUUAAAUUUGCUGUGUAUAUCUUUUUAACUUGGGUUCACAACUUAAGCAGAUAUUUGAGGACGUUUAAUAACAAUUUGGAUUGGAGCUACAAGCUUAGUAGAAAAAUAGAUAAAAGGACUUAUCGAUUACUAGAAAAUUAUAAGAAUGAUAAGUAUUUAAGUAUUAUUGGAUUAAAGGAAGAGACAUCAUAUAAAGGACAGAACGAAAAAAAAUAUAUAUGUACUAAUGAAAAAGGAAACCAAGUAAAAAAAAAACAAAAAAGUAGAAGUUCAUUAAACAAUGGAGAAAGUAAUAAACAAGAUAUGAAAAAUAAAUCUUGUAUUUUUGAAACAAAAAUAUAUUCUCAUUUAGAAAAAAAAGUAUUCAAAGAACUUGAUUAUGUAGACUUUAUUAAAAACAACAAGGCAAUUAGUGAUAAGUUAUACAAAAAAAUAAUACUUAAAAAAUGUGGGCUACGAAUUUCCUUACCUUUAUUAUUGUUCUUAUUAUUAUCGAUAUCACUAAUUUUGGAUUUAUUUGUGGGUUAUGGUCCUGUAUAUGUAUUGAAAGUAAUAUUAAAAUCUUUUGAUGAUAAAUACUACAGUACGAUAGCAAAAAAUUUUUAUAGUGCUGUAGGUCCUUUUGGGGAUUUUUUCAGGGAAUUAUUUACUAUAUAUAAAGUAGCUGAUGGGGCUACUAUUGUAAAGAAAUUGAAUACAGUGAAUGGUUUAUUUGGUAUUCUAAUACAUUUUUUACCUUUCAUUAUAUUAGGUGUUAUAAUUAUAUCAGGAAUUAUUUACUACCACAAAAAAGUUAAAAAAUAUGAAAAAAUUAAGUUCAGGAGAAGAUAA